GCAACGUUUAUGGUUAAAACUAACAACAAUAACACGAACAUAAUUUGUGAAGAGGUUAGGAGAACAAAACUUAUAUAUUAUUUAAAUUAAGAAAUAAAAUAUUAUUAUAGAAUGGAAAAUAGUGGUGAAAGUGGCGAUGACGGUGGACCUUUAGGACCUACAACCUUUUUAGGAGGAAGUGGUGUUUCAGCCUCAUACAUAGGCGUACAGUCAGACGAUUUGGAAGAAAAUACAGAUGAUUCCAACCAUGGCGGUGGUGACCCUUUGCAAGGCAGUGGAGGUGGAAGUGGUAGUGGUCCACUACGAGAACAGGAUCGUUUUCUCCCUAUAGCUAAUGUUGCCAAAAUUAUGAAACGGGCUAUACCUGAAUCAGGAAAAAUAGCUAAAGAUGCACGGGAAUGUGUACAAGAAUGUGUAUCCGAGUUUAUAUCGUUUAUCACCUCAGAAGCAAGUGACCGGUGUCAUAUGGAAAAAAGAAAAACCAUUAACGGAGAAGAUAUUUUGUUUGCAAUGACUAAUCUUGGUUUUGAUAAUUAUGUAGAACCAUUGAAAGUUUAUCUACAAAAAUAUAGAGAAGCUACCAAAGGUGACAAUCCUCCGGGUACAGGAACAACGACCGGUAAUGGAAAAGUAGAACCUCAGGGUACCAUAUACGAAGAUCAAUUAUUCACAAUUGCAACAGAUUCCAAUGCGACUACCUCAGAUACACCUGUAAUCUACAGUUACUCCUCUACCGAUCAAAUGCAAUUCCAACUUUCUUGAUCAGUGCAUUUUAAAUUAGUAUUAAAUGGAAUUUUUUUUAUUGCCUUUUGUAGAAGACAAUGAAACAUGACAAGUUUUCAUACAAAAGAAAAGACAAAAUCAAUCUAAUAUCAUUAAGUCAUUAAAUAUAAUAUCAUGCAUUAUUGCAUCUUAAGUGAAUAGCACAUUGACUAUUUUAAAUGUUCUUUAUAAAGAAAUAACAAUGGAAGGAAAUAAAUGAAGAGAUUUAUCAACAAACGUUCGUUUACUUCAUCAAACACCGGAAAGGGUAGAAAAAACGUAGCCGAUCAUUUAUUAUUCUCACUGUGAGCACUAAAUUUCAUUUAACUAGUAUUAAUUCUUUAUGAUAUAUUGUGACUUAAGUCAAACCGAAUAGUAGUGUCGAGAUAUGCUAUUUAAAUAUUUUCUUUGUUU